UUUGUCGGCAAUAUAACAUUACAUUCCACAAAAGUCGAUUUACAUGGUUCCAUGAUAUUACAAAGCCUGGUUGUUGUAUUCGAGCUUGCUUUGCUAGGCCAUCAGCUACAUCAUUUAUAGAUCGUGGGAUUUUAACAAAAUGUAUAGCUUCAUAUAAACGAGUGAUGUUCUCAAUAUCCCUUAAAAGGGUCGACAAGGUAGUUUGAGCAGCCUGGUGAUGUCGAUGAUUAAUCUGAUGAUAUAAGGUCUCCGCAUCAUCACAAAAGGUAACCUUGGUAUAUCCCAACCUGUUAAUAUGAAGAACCGCCAUUCUUAAUGCUUCAGCUUCAACUUCUAGAGGUGCACUCAUAGGGCUAAUGGACGCCCUGCCUCUGAGAAUAAUUUGUGCAUUUCUGUUGUAUAAAACCCAGCCAAUUCCUGCACAAUCAUUAGGAGAGUUCCAUGACCCAUCAACAAAACAACAGUAAUCCUUGGCUUUCUGAGUAAUGGAUCUAAUUGAUGUGUUUGUUGCACAGGACUGAUGCUUCCUCUGUCCCUAGCCUAGUUUGUGAUUAAUUGAUUGAUUACUCGGAUGAUGAUGUUGAUGAUGUCUUUGUAUUCAGGAUUUGGAUUUGCCACCGAUUAUGGAGGAAGAUGAAAUCAAAUCGGUUCCGGUUAACGAAGAGAGAGCUAUUGUUCUUUAUAAGCCUCUCCAGCAAUAUCAUCAUCAACCUCCUCACCUUUUUGUUGAUACUGACUUGGUUUCAGGGCUUAAAAAUAGAUUUUUGCAUGAUGCAGUGGUAACUGAUGAUCUAUUAUGUGAUGAUGAUGAAGACGAAAAAAACAAGCAGCAGGCGGUUGUUUGCUGGGACUCAUUCCAGUUCCAGUCCUUUGAGGAACCGCCUGCGACAGAGAUCACUGAGUUAGAUGGUGAGGAUGAGUUGAUGGAAGAAGCAUCGCUGCCACAGCAGCAGCCGCAGCUGGUGGGAGGGUUGCAUCAGUGGCAGCAGUAGCAGCAACAACUUCAUUGUAUGGUACCACAACUUCCCCAGACCAACUCUACUCCUAUCUCUUGGUACCGAUGACUUAAUAGUAAAUGUAGAACUAGUCUUUUUCAUUGGUAAUUCUGUCAGUGUAUAUCUUCUUCCUCUCUUGCUAGACUAUCAAUGUGAGUUAUUUGUUGGAUUGAAUCUAAGAGCACAAAGUGAUGUGUCUGGUUCAUGA